CCCUACUGUCUUCUUGGACUAUACCCUAUGAUCCCUAGUGGCACAGAAAAUGGAAAGUACACUAGGCUAGAUUUUUGAGCAAGAGUUACCUAAGCACAUGCAUGCAUGGUGUGGCAUUGAUUAUGCACAAAAUCAAAUUGUAUCCUUAUAGUCAGGGGAGGACUGACAACUCAUGGGGCCCCCGGGCAAUAGGGGAUCAUGGGGCCCCUGUGUCCUUGCCCAAACUCAUAAAAGCCUAUGAAAAAGGUACCAGGGGCAUCUCAUGGGGCCCCCUACUGACCCCGGGCCCUCGGGCAGUGCCCAAGUUUCCAAAUGGUCAGUCCGCGCCUGUUGUGUACUAAGACCCAGAGGAAACCAAG